UCUAAUGAAGGAAGAUCAGAAAUUCUCCUGGACAAUGCCCACACAGAACACAAACAGUGGUGUUUUCCAGGCCCUGUUCACAGUAGAUCAUGUGACUCCCAACCAGAGAUGGAGGUUCAUAUGCUAUGGCUAUUACCAGAACAGCUCCCAUCUGUGGUCAGUGCCCAGUAACCACCUAGAACUCCUGGUCUCAGGGACCCUUCAGAAGCCCAUCCUGUGGGCUGAGCCAAGCUCUGUUAUCAACAUAGGAAAACCUAUAACUAUCUGGUGCAAAGGAACCACGAAAACCCAAGUGUACUUCGUACAUAAAGUAGGAAGCCCAGCUCCCUGGAAAGGACAGACUUUUCAUAGGCCUGAUAUCAAGGCCAUGUUCUCCAUCACAUCAGUGGAGAGGCAUCAUGCAGGGCAAUAUCACUGUUACUGUUACAACUCUGUUGGGUGGUCAGAGCACAGUGACACCCUAGAGCUGGUGGUGACAGGAGUCUACCUCAGCAAAGUCUUCUUGUCAGCCAAGAAGAGUCCUGUGGUGAAGUCAGGAGAGUAUAAGAUACUUCAGUGCUCCUCACAAGAGAAAUAUUAUAGUUUCAUUCUAAUGGAAGAAGAACAGAAAUUCUCCAGUACCAUGCCUUCACAGAAAACAAACACUGGUCUCUUCCAGGCCCUGUUCAGAGUGGGUCCUGUGAAUCCCAACCAGAGAUGGAGGUUCACAUGCUAUGGCUAUUACCAAAACAGCUCUUGUCUGUGGUCAGUACCCAGUAACAACCUAGAACUUCUGGUCUCAGGAUUAUCCAAGAAGCCCUCCCUCUUGACCCAGCAAGGAUCUGUCCUGGCCCCUGGAGAGGAUCUGACCCUCCAGUGUUGCUCAGACAUGAGUUAUGACAGAUUUGCUCUGUCCAAGGAGGGUAGAAGUGACCUCCCACAGAUGUCUGCACAUUUUACACAGGUGGAAGGGUCUCAUGCCAACUUCACCUUAGGUUCUGUGAAAUUCUCCACUGGUGGCCGGUAUAGAUGCUAUGGUUCAUACAUCUCCUCUUCUGAGUUGUCAGCCCCAAGUGACCCUUUGGAUAUCCUGAUCACAGGACAAUUUCUUGUCACACCUAACCUCUCAGUGCAUCCAGGCACCACCGUGUCCUCAGGAGAGAAUGUGACCCUGGUGUGUCAAUCAUCAAUCCCAAUGGACAGUUUCUUCCUGUUCAAGAAGGGUGCAUCCCAUUCCUACAUGCAUCAACUAUCAAAGUACCAAGAUUCACAAUAUGAGGCAGAAUUCCCCAUGAGUGCUGAAAUCUCAGCCCUUGGGGGCAUCUAUACAUGCUUUGGUUCUAAUAACUCAUUCCCUUACCUGUUGUCACACUCCAGUGUCCCUGUGGAGAUCAUAGUCUCAGGUGAGAUGAUCCUGUAA